AUGGGUGAGCGAACCCACCACGGAGCCCAAGCGUGCUCUGGCACCAACCCCAGGAAGUGCCAGGACCUAGGAGACUCGAUUCUUCUGAUCCUGGGCAGCUUCAUCUUGCUCAACGUGGGGAUCAACGUGGUGACUCUGCUCUGGAGGCAUCUGAAGAGCUCCUUGCGGACUCUUUUCCAUCAUUUUUUCCCCAAAGACAAGCAAUCCAGCUGUGCAGGCAGCCACGCCCUGUGCUCAAGAGCCUCUUCCCGCUUCCACCGUCGCCCAAGCUUCCUGCUUGGGCACCCACACCACCUUGAUUCCUGGAUACCAGACAUGAACGAUGAGAAGGCUUCUAAGCGCUGCUGGAUGCCGCCUCAGUGUGGACACGUGGGGGCGCCCAUGGCGGCUCCAGGGGAACUGUGGAAGGAGGGGAUAAUGGGAGCUGGGGAGGCCCCUCAGGUCACAUGCCUCAAGACCCAAGGCACCUUUUACCUCAGGCAAGAGACAUCUUCCAAGUUCCGCAGGAUGAGCAAGGUGGACAUGGUUCCACUCCGCCUGCCCCAAGAGAGCAAGACUAAGACCCCAGACUGUGACACAGCCCAGGCCCAGGCCCAAGCCCCGGUCCAGACCCGCUCCCCGGUCCAGCCCCCUGGACACGCUCCUGCCAAGGCCCAGACCUUCUCCUCAGCCCACCCUACUGUGCACACCCCACCCCAGGCCCAGACCUGCUCCCCAGGCCACCCCCAUGAGCACACUCCCGCCCAGGCCCAGGCCUUCUCCCCAGCGCAUCCCGCUGGGCACACUCCUGCCAAGGCCCAGACCUUCUCCUCAAGCCACCCCCCUGAGCACACCACCCCCCAGGCCCAGACCCCCUUCCCAGCCCUCACCUCUGAGCACACCCCAGCCCAGGCCCAAGCCCAGGCCCCUUCACAGGCCUCAGCCCAGUCCCUGGGCCACACCCCUGCCUGUACCCUGACCCAUGCUCUUCUAACCUAUACCCAUGGCCACACUCUGGUCCCUCCCCCAACUUCUGCCUCAGUUCCUCCUCCAACUUCUGCCCCUGCUACUACUCCUGCCCCAGCCCCUACACCAGCACCUGUCCCGACCUCUACCACAACCCCUGUCCCAGCACUGGUCAUGGCCCUGACGACCACUCCAGUCCCUUCCACCACCCCUACCUCCGUCUUAGCUUCUAUUCCCUCUACCUUGUCUGCCUUCAGCCAAGGCCUCUCCACCGGCCAUGUGGUCUAUGAUGCCCGCAGGGUAAAGCAGGAAUUAUUCCAUGUGUGUCCCCCUCAGAACUCUGGGUAUUCCAGAAAGGACUUGGGUACCCUCUCCAGGCCCCAAGAGGGUCAUGGGCUGGUGAGCUCUGGUACAGCUGAGAAAACAUCGAACCAAUGUAGUGGGGACAGUGCCAAGCCCUCCACAGGAUCCAUAUUGGGUUAUCUGGAGUUGGGGAAUAUGGAAUGGAAGAUCUCAAAUGAUGCCAAAGAUGAACUGGUACAGUCCAAGACCUUCCCUUACUGCAGCUUCCAUCCUUGCAGUUCUGAGAAGAGAAACACAGACUCCCAGACUCCAGUCUACCCCAAAUUCCUGGUAUACUCCAAGAAUGCUGCACCUUCUCAGCCUUGCUUCCAUUCUCCAACCAGUGCCCAGAGCUCACCAUGCACUGUGCCUUCACCAUGCAUGCUUUCUCUGCCUCUUGUUUCUCCCAGAUCCUUUAUCCUUCAUCAACACAGCAACCACCAGAAGCCUUCCACCUUUCCCGUGGCCUCCAAUUCUCCUCAGCCUGUCCUCUCUUCCCAGGGACCCAUCCCUCCCCAAUUCUCCACUACUUCUCAGACCCCAAACCAGCCCCAACCCGCUGAACUUCAUGAGAGUCUAGGCCUCAACCAAGACUCUGGCCUCCAAAGGACUCCAGGCCCUUCAAAAGACUCUAGAGUUUCUAGAAAUCCAGGCCUUACCCAAGACCCAGGCGUCCACAAGAACCCAGGCCUUACCCAAGACCCAGGCGUCCACAAGAACCCAGGCCUUACCCAAGACCCAGGCGUCCACAAGAACCCAGGCCUUACCCAAGACACUAAUCUCUGUAAGAAUUCAAGUCUUUCCCAAGACUCUGACCUUCAGAAGAAUCCAGUCAUUACCCAACAUGCUGGCCCCCAAAAGAACUUAGGUUCUACUCAAGAUAGAAGUUUCUUUAGAAACCCAUAUCUCACCCAACCCUCUGGUCUCCACAAGAACAUACCAUUUCUCCAAACUUCUGACAUUCAGAGGAGCUCAGGCUUCAUGCAUGAUUCUGGAAUCUGUAAGAAUCUAGAACGAAACCAAGAGACUAUACUCUACAAAAGUCAAGAAUGCUCCCAAAAAACUGGCCUCCAUGAUAUCCCACACCCUUCUCAAGAUUCUGGAUGUUACAAAAGCACAGGUAAUGCCCAAGAUCCAGGAGCCUUUAGGAGUCUAGGCUUUACCCACGAUUCUGGGCCACAGAAGACUCCAUACCUUGCCCAAGACUCUGGAAUCAACAAGAGCUCAGGCCUUUCCCAGGAAUCUGGUCUCCAUAAGAGCCCAGGCCUUGUGCAAACCCCUGGCCUCCAUAAGGGCUCAAGCCCUACCCAAGACUCAGGAGACUACAAGAAUCCAGGCCUUACCCAAGAUUCUGGAGUCUGCAGGAGCCAAGGUCUUACUCGAGAUUCUGACCUGCAUGAGAAUCCAGGCCUCACCCAAGCCACUGGAGUCAAAAGAUGUGGCCUUACCCAAGAUGCUGGAAUUUACAGGAGCUCAGAGCACACCCACAACCCUAACUUCCACAAGUACCCAGGAAUUAAUCAAGAUCCUGUCCGCCAUAAGGGCCCGGCACUUACUCAAGACUUUGGCUUCUCCAAGACUCAGGGCCUUACCAAGACAUCAGGCCUCCACAAGGACUCACGCCUUAUCCCAGAUCCUGGCCUCUACAAGAACCCUCUAGGAACUGACUCUGUCCAAGUUUGGGGCCCACAUCAGACCCAAAAGUCAUUUAUAUCUGAGGAGGUUCCUCAAAAGGAGGCUGCAGGGCAGCAUGUACCAUGGACUUCUGUCCCGCCUAGUCAGAACUCCUGCUCUCCCAAGGCCCAGGUGACCUACAAUGACCUGCAAACCUUCUCAGAGGUACCUGUACUCAUCGAGCUGCAGUCAUCCUUCCGGCAAGCAGGCAGCCAAGACUGUGUGUACCACCCCAUGGAUACAGCUCCUCCAGCCUGCCAGAACUAUCGCCAGAUGUCUAUGCCUCCCAAAACUAACUGGAAGCCCUACUGUCCUGGGCCAGGCACCCGGGUAGGGCAUGUGGUCUUUGAUGCCCGCCAGAGACAGUUCAGAGCUGGCAGGGACAAGUGUGAAGCUCUGUCUCCCAGGCGCCUUUGCCGAGAGACAUCCAAGAACUCACGGAGACCAUCAAGGAAUGGGGAUAUCAGUGUGUGA